CUGCUUCAAAGUACUAUGUUUGUUGAAGAACAUGGUCAUGUGAAAAAGGGAUUUUCUGCAAUUCGGCAAACAUUCCAUCCAUUUACUGAAUGCUAUAAAGGCAUUUGUAACUCUGCAAAAAAUGGGGUAUUAAAUACAGUUUAUUUUGGACAAGAUAGUUACAGUUUCAUAAAGAAUCCUCCUGAAGGAUUUUUGCCAAGAAUCACUGUGUGUGGAUUUGCUGGUGUAGUUCUAGCACGGAAAGGUUCUAGGUUUAAGAAGGUGAUUUAUCCUCUUGGGCUGACUACUUUAGGAGUCUCUCUCUGUUACCCAGCUCAAGCAGUAGUAGUUGCAAAAGUUACUGGACAGAAUGUAUAUGCUGCAUCUCACUGGACGUAUAGAAGCAUCAGAUCAUUAUGGGAAAAAAGUAGUGCAAACAAGAACGUGUCAACUGCCCCAUUAGCUACUAAGUCUGCUUUAGACCUUAAAGCACCACCAGAAGAAUCACCUGAAAAACUGAAUGGCCCAGUAUUAACGACUACUUCAGAGAAUGCUCUCCAGAAAGAUGAAUCAGUUCAGAUGAGGAAUAAUAUCUUACAGGAUCAUGAGCAGUCUGCAGCAAUAAAAACUGCCACAGUGACCCCUAGUUAUUUUCAGUCUUUGAGUACUAAUGCCAGUUUAGUUUCUAAAUCUGUUUCGAGUCCAGUAUAAUUUCCACCUGAAAAG